AUGUUUGAAGAUGAGAUAGCCACACUACGUCGAAUGUCGAAGCGUCAGAUUCUUAUGCAACUUCUGAACUUCCUCAUGAUAAUUGCAUCGGCUUUAAUGGUAUGGAAAGGGUUAGCUCUCUAUACCAACAGCGAGAGUCCCAUAGUUGUAGUAUUAAGUGGAAGUAUGGAACCUGCUUUCUAUAGAGGUGAUCUCCUAUUUCUUGGCAUGCCAGAUGAACCACUUCGAGUGGGAGAUAUUUGUGUAUUUAAAAUUCCUGGAAGAGACGUCCCGAUUGUACAUAGGGUUAUAAAGUUACAUGAUGAGUUGAGUAUGGGAACAAGUGGGGGAGAUGAAGUAUGA